AUGGCUGCUCAAUCGGCUGCAACUCUUUCGGCAGCUGGUUCUUCCUCCUCUCCUCUCCUAUCUGCCAGAAAGAAAAAACACGGAUUGUUUGUCCUCUCUGUCCUCUUCCUUCUCGGUUUUGUCUUUGUCUCUUUCCGAGCGUUGACGACGGAUGCGUCUUUGUGCGAGGAAAAACAACAGAGAAAAAACCGAUUGGAAACCAACGUGAUGAGAGAAGAGGAAACGAUUGGUGAUGAUGAUGAUGAUGACGACGACGAUUCAGACGAUGAGAAUACUAAGAAUACUAAGAAUGACAAAAACGGAGAGGAGAGAGACGGGUUCGUGUUCUCGUCGUCGUCAAGAAUAAUGAAUAAGAAGAGAGGAGGGGAAGAGUUGGAUGUUUCGACGACGACGACGACGACGGAAACUGCUGCGCAAAACAACGGUGGUGUGGAAGAAGAAGAGGAAGAAGAGGAGGCGGUUGGAGAGGACAAUGAUGCGAAAAAAUCGAGGACAGGAACAGAGGACGAAGACGAAGACGGGAAGGGGAGUAGCAAUACGAAAAAGCGAAGCAGACGAGGACCGUCUGGGUGCACGCCCAAUCGCGUUCGCGAGUUUACGGCUGAAGCGUUGAAAAAUCCCAAGGGAGACGAUAGUUCCGAGACGACGACGAGUAAAGUGUGGCUGGACGCGUUCGGCGACGACUUGGCGAAACGGUAUAACUUUACCACGUGCGCGGUAGUUGGAAACUCGGGGAGUUUAUUGCGACCGCCGCGAUUGAAUAACGAUAUCGACGAACACGAAGUCGUUAUUCGAUUGAACGCGGCGCCAACGAGCGGGAGGUACGGACAACGCGUCGGGAGGAAGACGACUUUGCGCUUCUUGAACGCCGCGAGGGCGAAAACGUAUUUAGUCGGUGGGUGCUCAAAAACUAUGCCGUGCGAUGAGGGAUCGACGCUCGUCGCGACGCGAGGAAUGCCGUUUGCUCCGUCUAAAGUCAUCACGAACGCGCAUUUGAGCAUCGUUCGAGGAAGGCGUUUAGAUUUGGGAGAAGGAGAAGAAGAAGAGGAAAAUCCGCAGCGUCAAAAGCGGAAAGCGGCGAUGGAAGCCCAAGUUCUGAAAAUGAGCGAACCAGAGCGAGAGCGCUUGAGCGUCGCGCAACCUCCUUCGAAUUCGAUGGGUGCGGUCAAGCGCGUGAUGAAAGCGUAUAAAUCCGCGUACGUUGAAAAAUGUGGCGAAGACGACGCUAAGAGAUUAUUCAAAGGUCCAGACACGCCUUCGACGGGAUUUAUGUCGGUCAUUUUUGCCUUGCACAUGUGCUCGGAAACUGUGUCUGUGUACGGAUUUAAGAAGCAGUUGAAACCGUACCAGUAUUUCCGGAUGCGCGUGAAACCUUCCGAAGUGCACGAUUUCACCGUUGAAGCUGAAAUUCUGAAAGCGAUGGCAAAAGACGGUGUUUUGCGAAUGCCCGGCGUCGUGCAAGACCGAAUCAGAAAGAGUGGGAGUAGUAGCGUUAGUACUGACAGUGAGAGUAGCAGUAGUGUGAAAAAGAGUAGUAGUAGUAGUAGUAGUAGUAGUAGUAGUAGUAGUAGUAGCAGCAGCAGUAGUGAUAGUUUAGAAAAAGAGGACGACGACGCCAGCGAGAAGGAAAACGCGGACGAGUGGUUUGAAAAUUUCGUUUCCUCUAGCAACUGA